GUGCCACUUUCAGGUCUCCUCACACUGCUGGUGUGUUCCAUUUUUUGUCAUAGGGUGCUGGCAGAUUACGGGCCUCCCAUAGCUGCUGCCAGGCCCCUAAUCUGCCAUGGGCCCCUGUACCGCCUGCCCUCAUGCUGCUGCCAGGUCCAGAGUCUCUCAUGGGUCCCUGUACGGCCUCCCAUUGCUGCUGUCUCCAUCGCCACACUCUGCCAUGUGCCACUUUCAGGUCUCCUCACACUGCUGGUGGUUUCCAUUUUUGUCAUAGGGCUGCUGUAUGGCCUCCCAUUGCUGCUGCCUCCACCGCCACAACACUGUGGCUCCACACUCUGGUUUUGGCCCCGUGACUGCCCAACCAAUGGAUGAGUGAAAGUGUGCGGUGAUUCUAAGAUCGACGGCACUCAUCUGCAUGUCAUACUG